AAAAACUCUAAAACUAAUCAGCAUCGCAAUGGCGCCCAAAGCAGACAAGAAACCAGCAGAGAAAGCUCCUGCCGCAGCGGCCGCAGAGAAGAAGCCAAAAGCUGGGAAGAAGCUACCGAAGGACCCUGCCGUCGCCGUCGCCGGAGGAGACAAGAAGAAGAAACGUUCGAAGAAGAGCGUGGAGACGUACAAGAUCUAUAUCUUCAAGGUGCUGAAGCAGGUCCACCCAGACUUCGGGAUCUCGAGCAAGGCCAUGGGGAUCAUGAACAGCUUCAUCAACGACAUCUUCGAGAAGCUUGCCGGCGAGUCUUCCAAGCUUGCGAGGUACAACAAGAAGCCGACAAUUACUUCCCGGGAGAUUCAGACGGCAGUGAGGCUCGUCUUGCCUGGAGAGUUGGCGAAACAUGCCGUUUCCGAAGGGACCAAGGCGGUGACCAAGUUCACCAGCUCUUAGAUUUGUAAUGGUUUUAAUUUAGCUAGUAGUUUGUUACGUACCUUAAUUUCGGAUGUACUAUAUGAAAAUCUUGAGUUUUCUUAGCAAUUGCAAGAUCAUUAAGAACAUAUUCAAAAUCAAAAGGUUGAAAAUUUGGAAUGAUUAACACACUAAUUUGGAAUGAUAGAUAAUGUAAUGUGCAGAAACAGAAUAAAAAGUUUCAUUUGUGAU